AUGGCGCAACUGCCGGAGGGAGCAAGAGGCGCCGCCGUGGCCAUCUUGGUCUACUCUUUCUUAUGUCUCUUCUGCAACAUUCUCAUGCUAUGGUUGCUCUGGACAAGUCGACAGACAUUUAGUCACAUUGGUCUGAUAUGUAUUGCCACGCUCUUCUGUGUCUGUGCCAAUAUCGCACAACAGAUUAAUGAUCAUCUAUACUGGAGGGAUGUGAUGACCGCCAGGUUCUUGAACAUCAAAGCGACUGAGGGCAAUCCGAUGCUUAUCGCCAGCAAUGGGUACACAGGGCUGGAUCUUUACCUGUGGUCUAUCAGAUAUUGCAGCGAGACUAUUGCGGCUGGACUGGGUUGCUUCUGGGCGAACUGGGUCAUGGUCAAUCGUUUUGGCAAAGUGAUAUCAAUCAUUCUUCCUAUCAUCUUCAUGAUUCUGUGCCAUCUUGAUGCAGUACAGCAAUCAGAGGCUUUAUUCUUUUUCCUACUCGACGUUCUAUUUUUCGGAUUCGUCGCAGGCGGCGCCGCUGGUCUUUUAGCGAUACUGGUAAAGUACAUCAAAAUACGGAGGGAACUCAAAUCAUGGGAGGUCGCAACCGUCUUUGAACUGGACACUGUAAUUAUCCAGAUCACAGGUCAAAAGAGCAUAGACGCAGAGGCUGCUCGCCUGCUCCCAGACCUGAGCACUUCACACGCUAAAUCAAUCUUUGCCCUCUUCAUCCCAAGCGCCUUUGCGAGUCUGCUCGCCCUCUUCACAUUCGGCACAACCAAACACUUCCGCGAUACCAUCUACCGAACAUUUGUACCGAAGAGAUGGCAGCGGAGACCAGUCGAACGAGAGUUGAUGACAUCGCCGCCACCACCACCGCCGCCGGCGCCGGCGUCGGCACAGGAUUGGAACUUGAGCACGGGCGAGCUGGGACGGCGAUUUGGCGACAGGGGAAGCUGGGCGGACGGGAUCAGACAUGUGAGCGGAGGGAUCGCACUGCAGGAAUUGAGACAUCCUCGUGAGCAUGGUACAGCCCGGAACAGAGGCAGCAGCCGCAAUAGUGCCUUGCGUGACAACGGCAUCCUCCAGGGACAGCUUGCUGAUGGUGGUGGUGGUGCUCAAGCUGCUGCUUCUGAAAGAAAGGAGAGCCCCACGACCAUAUCGCAAGGGGCUCGCCAUCCAACGACUCGAAUGAACGAGACAACGUACCCCAUAUAG